CUCAGCUCGGCGGCUCGGCACAGUUGGGCACGGCUCGGCACGGUUCGGCUCGCCUGGUCCCGCUCCCGCCGCCUGAUGGAAACGCCCGGGCCCGGCUGCCCCGGCAGCGUCCUCUUCGGCUGCGAGCUGACUUCCCGUACCAAAUCCUACACGUUUCAGGUGGAUGAGGAGGAUGACUCUGAGCACAUUUUGGCCCUGUCUGUGGUCUGCCUCACGGACGGUGCCAAGGACGAGUGCAAUGUGGUGGAGGUUGUGGGACGGAACCACGAGAACCAGGAGAUCGCUGUGCCUGUGGCUAAUCUGAAGUUGUCGUGCCAGCCCUUGCUGAGUCUGGACAACUUCAAGCUGCAGCCUCCAGUGACAUUCCGCCUGGCCGCGGGCUCUGGCCCGGUGCACCUCGCCGGCUGGCACCGCAUCGUGCACAGGGAAGACGCCUCCUUUGAGGACGAUGAUGAUGAUGACUUGUCUGAGGAGGAAGAGGAGCUUCCUCCCAUCAUGCCAGCCAAGAAGUAGAGGAGGAAGCAGUAACUUUUCUCCAGGCAAGGUACUCGCUGGGACCUCUCUUCGGAUGGCUUUUACCUCAGCCCCUCUUGCCAGGACCUCAACGUUUGCUGCUUUUGGUUUAGUUUUUAAAUGUUAAUAUUUUUUACUCUGUUGUAGUAUUUUGGGGAGCAGGGGCUGCUCCCAGCACUGGGGUGUCUCCUUUCCCACAGCCCUGGGAGGGUGAGCCCAAAACUGGAUGGAUGCUGCUGGUAUAUCCCCUCUUCCCCCAUCCCUGUGCUGGGAGUCAAGGAUGGAGGAGAUGAUCCUCAGUCUGUGCCUUUUUGCUGACCUGAACCUCUGCUCUGUGCACCCCCUUUCCAUGGCUCUGAAAUGCCCAUCCUGGCCCCUUCCCCAGCAGAUGGAUGCAAAGCCAGGGGUGGGACAGUCAGUUUCACUGAUUUUAGUGCAUUUGCUUUUCUUUACUCACAGUUUGCUGGGUUUUUUACACUUGGAAGUGCAGAACUAGAGCCCAGGCUGCAUCCUUAACUGCAGUAAUGAUGGAGUAGGAGCUCACAGCCUAUGUGUGAUGUGGGGGGAGGUUCUGGGUCAAUCUACUUUGUGAAGGACAGUUUUUACACUCUAAAUAAAGGUCUCUCAGGCAUCAGGUCUGGA